ACCCCCGCGCGCGUGCGAAGAAGAGGGUGGUUCGGCGCGCGGUGGAGGCGGCAGUGGGGCAGCCCCAGUGCACCCUCUAGCUCCGGAGCAUCCAAAUAAUACACGGCGCGCGCGAGGGCGAUCACGUGACGCCCCGCGACGCUGGAGCCCGCCCGAGUGCAGAGCUCCAGCAUCCCUUUCUUUCGUUAUCACCCCCCAUUCAGAUGCUGCGCGCCUAGCGGACGGCUCGCCCGCCGAGCAGCAGCACACAUAGUGUCCCGGUGUCGGUGCACCCUGGCUUGGUAACAAUGGAGCGGCCGACGCUGGACAAGAGACUGCUCUUCUUCUGCCUCGUAGUCGGCAUCUUCGCGACCAUUGUUAUCCACGGGGCAGAAGCCAAGGGCGGAGGAGGGGUCGGCGGCAUCGCCGGCACCAUCAACGAGGCUUUCGACUCGCACACUCGAAAGGGCAGCGCUAUCAGUUCAGCCAAGUCCACUUACAAAUAUCGAGCUGGAGGCUACCAUGGGGGUGGCACGUACGGCCGCGGUGUGGUGGAUGAAAACCUGCCGUUGUGGAAGUUGCUGCUCAUCAUCUUGGCCGUGUGCCUGAUGGUCUUCUGCAUCCUGCUGCUGUGCUACUGCAUCAGGGCGUCUCAGGAGCCCGACGAGCGGCAGGCCAAGGUGACCGAGUAUCUGAAGCACCAGGAGGAGCAGCGCAAGAGCGGAUUCCCCGUCAACCCGCAGCCCAUCAUCUACCCGAACUCGAACGGCGAGCCGGCCAAGGUGCCAGUGGCGCCACCGCUGUCCCCCGGACAGGUGGCGUCCGACGCCACCUUCUUCCCCCCGGCGAUGGAGUCCCUGAGCACCACUUCGACACUGUUGCCGCCUGAGGCACCCACCCCAUCCUCCUCCAACGCAGACACACCUGCACCGAUCGGCUUCUACAUUCCACCCGAAAUCCAGCAAGUGUACACCUCGGAGGAUGUGCAGGCACAGAGUGACAGCCAACAGCAGCCCCUUGAGAAAUACUAACCUGCGACACUUGCACUAUUGAAGUUUGGAACACGCAACUGUGGAGCGAUCCAAGUUCAAAUAAGCGCAGUUUCUAUGAAUUUAUUCGUGAUAAAAAACGCAUUCUAAAAGAAACUCAACAUCCACUCUCAUUUUUUUAGAAUUGGAUUAAAAUCACCUUCUUAGCAUUUUGAACAAGAGCAAAAUAUUUAUAAUUAUGCCAGCAGCAGGCAGGGCACAGACCUGCUAUUGACGACAAUUAUGAAAUGCUCAAUCUUAUCUGUUUCCAGAAAGGUCUGGGUUUGGUUUUAGAAAUUCGGUGCAUUACAGGGGCAGAGUUAAGUUUUAAUAUUAUUUUAUCGCGAAAUAAAACAGCGUCAUCUGCCCGUAACUAAAAGCCACAGUUGUGAUUCCACGGGGUUCUAUCAGUGCAGCAGUCGUAUCUCGACUUAAUUAGUAAAUUAAGGGGUGCCUUCGAUACACACAAGGACUGCUAAUGUCAUCAUGUACCUAAGAAUAUUUAUCAACGUCAACUGAUUGUGAGAACUUGAACUUUGGUUUACUUGGCUACACAGUGUCUCCAAUUUCGUCUGUAGUUCAUGACAAUGUGAUUGAUCAUUUUUGGCAUAUUUUUAUAAGCGUGGUUUGCUAUUUCUUUCGAUAUUUUUUUCGCGGACCUGUCGAAUUCACUCCGGAAAUUCAGACACCGUAGAUGAUAAUUUUUGUCUUUCUUUCUAUCAGCAAUGUGCUAUACGAAGGAGCUUUCUAGUAAAGGGGAGAUGUAAAUAAAUAUGUUUCCCUAUUUUUUUAGUCGACUAAUGGGUUGUUCUGAAAGUUCGUCGUUUCAUCGGUAAAAUAAUGUGUGCACUCUAAACUAAAUAAAGUAUUGCCUCAACAAAAAAAUUUGUACAAUCAAACAAUUGAUUAAAUGAAAAAUAUAAAGCUAACAUCAAGUAAUGGCACCAAUUAAGUAAUAAAAAUCAAUUUUAGCGUUUUUAAUUUUUCCUCAGUGGAGCUGAAAGUCAGAGUGCUAAAAAUUUUACUGCGGUUUAAAAUAAAAAGUUAACUAAGCAAUUGCAAAUCUGAAAAAAAAAAUGAAAAUACUCAACACAAAGGCAACUUGAUUGGCUUUCAUAAAAGUUGCUGAAUAUUUUCUUUCAAAGUAUUUCAAUUAAACGGAGCUCAACUGAUGAGCUUACGAAAAAGAUAAAAACCUGUUGAUUAUACACUAUAUCUAAAAUAUAGGGAGAAAAAUGUUAUUUAGAUGGACUAAAUUACGCAAAUUAUAUUAUAUUAUAAUGGAAUAGCACAAAGUAUCAAUGUUUAUCAAGAUAGAAAACCAUAUUAUGGUUUAGAAAAUCAUUGUGAAGGAAAUAUCCUUAAACGUAGUCUAGUAUCACUUCCUUCUUUCAACUACUCAUGUUCAUUCCCCGGAAACCACACAGCACAUGUUAUUCAACCACAAUGUAUAUUACACGAACAUUUAAAUAAAUUAAUUUAUUGUCUAAAUGACAUUGUUUUAUAUUGUAAAAUAUAUCUCUUAAGUAGAGUGUGACCAUAGAAAUUUUAUUUCUUAACUGGUCUGCUGUGAGAGGCAACUAAUAAAAGCAAUUGUGAUUAAGUAUAA